GUGCCGAACAAACAGAAUAAAAGCAUCAAAAAUCUACAAACUGUUUAGUGUGAGAUAAAUUAAUACAAUAACAGUUAUGGGUUUUAACAAAAUGCAGAUUUAACUUUUUAAAACGUCAUUUUGCACCAUCAGGUUUUCCAUUCUGAGAAAAAUGUUUGAAAAAGUCUGGAAUUGUAAAAUAUAAUUCAGCUAAAACUGAACAUAAUGGAUAUUGAGCUUUAAUAAAUUCCCUUUUAAGUCUUUAAGUCCCUUUUUAUAUAAUUUAAACUUUCAUCAGAGCAAAUGCAUGUCAGUCAUAAUCUUCCACAUGACUCUCUGAGUCAUAUUUUCGUUGCUCAUUUAAACAAUGUGCUGUUUCACUCCAACUGUUUAGUUUUUGCAGCCAUUAAUUUAUUUUCUUUGGAAAAAUCUUUUUCUUUCCCAUCAAGUUGCACCGGGCCUGUUUAUUAACAGAAAGUUCUGCUUUUACUGCAGAUUUUAUGUGAAGACUGAGGAAAAGCAGCUAGCUCAGCCGUCAUGGCUGGAUUUAAACUGAAUCCAGUAAUUCUCCGGUCCCAUAAACCAGAUUAUGCAGAGCUGAUUACAGGCAUGUUUCUGGUUCUGAGGUCCAAACGGGUCACAUGUCCAGUUGUGUGUGCGCUCUGGACUCUUUAAGCUCUUUUGACGGAAAACAGCAAGAGUAUAAAAACGUUAUGUAACGAGCAGCAGCAGGAUUAACUGCUGAGACGCAGCGUUACUGCGGCGCGGCCCGGUUCCGUCCAUCUGGACCCGCAACAUGAAGCCUCGUCUCUCUGCUUCAGAUUGGGAUUAAGAUGGAGAAGUGGGGAAUCCUGAGGGUGUGUGUGGCUGCUGCUGGGCGCUGCGUCCUCGCUACAAACGGCUGGUGGACAACAUUUUCCCUGAAGACCCAGAGGACGGGCUGGUGAAGGCCAACAUGGAGAAGCUGACCUUCUUCGCUCUGUCGGCGCCGGAGAAGCUGGACAGGAUCGCAGCCUACCUGUCGGAGCGUCUGACCAGGGAGCUGAACCGCCACCGUUACGGGUAUGUGUGCAUCGCGCUGGAGGCCAUGGAGCAGCUGCUGCUGGCCUGCCACUGCCAGAGCAUCAACCUGCUGGUGGAGAGUUUCCUCGGGACGCUGCGGCUGCUGCUGGAGGCCGACAGGCCGCACCUGCACAUCCUGGCCACCGGCUCCUUUGUGAAGUUUGCGAACAUCGAGGAGGACACGCCUUCGUAUCAUCGCAGCUACGACUUCUUCGUGUCUCGGUUCAGUGAAAUGUGUCACUCCGACCACGAAGACCCUGAAAUGCAGAUCAAGAUCCGCGUGUCGGGGAUCCGCGGCCUGCAGGGCGUGGUCAGGAAGACGGUGGACGACGAGCUGCAGGUCAACAUCUGGGAGCCGCGGCACAUGGAGCAGAUCGUCCCCGCGCUGCUGGUCAACCUGGAGCAGGGCAGCAGCGGCUCUCCUGCUGAGCAGACGGAGGUGUGCUUCAGAGAGCUGCUGGGCCGAGCCGCGUACGGACACAUCAACAACGCCAUCAGACCCGUUCUCAUGCACCUGGACAGCCGCAGCCUGUGGGAAGGAGGAGGCUUUGCUGUUCGCUGCUUUCAGAUCAUCAUGUUCUCCAUCCAGUCGCAGCACUCCCACCUGGUCAUCCAGCAGCUGCUGGGCCACCUGGACGCCAACAGCAGGAGUCCGGCGUCUGUCCGGGCCGGGAUCGUGGAGGUUCUGUCUGAGGCUGCUGUGAUCGAAGCCACUGGAUCCGUAGGUCCCACCGUGUUGGAGGUGUUCAACACGUUGCUGCGGCAGCUCAGGCAGAGCGUCGACUUCCAGCUGACUGGUUACUAUGACAACGCCAGAAAACACAAAACCACGUCGUUUCACGAGAAAACGCUGCAGGACGGCGUCAUCAAAACCAUCGGAUCCUUUGCCAACACACUUCCUGUCUACCAGAGGUCAGAGGUCAUGCUGUUCAUCAUGGGGAAAAUCCCAGUCCCCGGCAUCUACCCGGCGCUGGGCUCUCCGAAUGCCGGGUUUGAAGGCAGCAGGAUGAUCCAGGUGAUGCUGCUGAAGUCUCUGCUGCAGGUUUCGGAGCGCUACGACAGCAGCAACCUGCUGACCGCGCUGCCCUCCUCCUUCCUGGAGCCGCUGCUGUCCUUCACCCUGAUGGACGACCCGGAGAUCCGCCUGCUGGUUCUGUCCAUCCUCACCUCGCUCAUCGACCGCCGUCACAACGCAGACAGGAUCACCGCAGUCAGUGUGACGUUUGACGUGUCGGUUCUGGAGCAGAAGGAGGACAGAUGCUCCCGACAGGACAACCUGUUCAUCAGGAAGCACGCCCAGCGGCUCUACAGACACGUCUUCCUGGCCUGUAAGGAGGAGUCCAACGGGCCGAGCCACUACCAGGCGCUCUGCAGCUUACUGGUUGUCCUCAGUGUGGAGCUGGUCAGUGAGGAGGUUCUGGUGGACCUGAUCCGACUCAUCCUGGCCCUGCAGGAGCUGGGCGUGUCCAAUCAGGAGAGUCUGUCUGUGUUGAACCGCUGCAGUCUUCACGCCGUCUGCGCCGCCGUCCUCCAUGUUCUGUCGCAGCUCGGCCCGCCGCCGCCUCUCCGUCAGCACGUCACUCAGGUCAUAGAGAGUCGACAGAAGGGGGCGCCACACCUGCUGCCUGAAGGCGUCCUGUGUGACCAACCCAGGAUCCCAAACGGGGAUCUGAUGGUGGACAAAGAUCUCCUGUUUGUCCAGUCCAAGAUCUGCGAGGCGCUGACAGGAAGCAGCUACAGCGCACAGUGUGAACGCCUCAACACGCCUUACACUCCUCAGCUGACCGAUGAAGACCGUCUGUCCAGGAAGAUGAGCAUUGCAGACACCAUCUCCCUCCAGAUCGCCAUAGACCAGGAGUCCAGCGCUGACCCGCAGAAACCUCAGACUGAGCAGAUCACCUUUGAGACGCUGAAGAACACCAUUGAGGACAGAGGAGGUGUGGAGGAGGAGGAGAGGAGGAAGAGGAUGGAGGUGGUGGAGAGGUUCCAGACGGCUCCUUUUGAGGAAAUCGCAGCUCUCUGCGGAUCCAGGACGUCGCUGCUUCAGUCCAAGCUGGACCGGGUCUUUGACCUGAUCGUCCGUCCUCCACCGUCUCCGUCAGGACAGCCGUCUCAGCGGUCAACGCCCGUCUAUGAGAUGAAGUUUCCUGACCUGUGUGUGUAUUAGAGGCCCAGCUGGAUAACAAUGAAGCAUUUUAUGUAGCGAUAAAGAAACAGAUUGUAAACAUGUUUCAUCUACAAGUUAUGCGUUUUUUCAGUGACUGUUUUGACAAAAACUUUCUUCUUUGUUAAUUUAUUAAAGCAAUGAGGACUGAUUAAAAAUUCUCAUGUAGUUGAUUAAAGAGAAUUAACAUGAAUUAACAUGUUUGAUUCAACCGUCUCUUCCUCGCCAUUUUUUUUAAAUUAAAACUUUUUCCUUCCCUUGUUA